AUGUUCGCCAGAUCUGCCGCCGCCGUUCUGUUCCUCAGCACUUUUGCUGCUGCAGCCAACUACACUCUUGCGAACCCAGGAGCUAUCAGUGAUACUUUGAAAGCUCAAUGGUGUGCCGCUGAACUCUCCACUUGCCCAAUUCUUUGCGGUACUUCUCUUCCAAAUGAGGACAACAACUGCGAUGCGACUACUCUGAACUACACAUGUACCUGCACCAACGGCACCGGACCCGGCCUCAUCUACUACAGACAAACAUUGCCUACAUUCAUCUGCGAGCAGAUUUACACCGAUUGUAUCGUUGCCGGUGCCAAUAAUGCUGCUGCCCAGAGAACCUGCGACCAGAACAGAGCCACCAACUGUGGAACUCUUGACCCUGCCAACUACACUGCACCAGUAUCCUCUUCAUCCUCUUCCAUGUCUGCCACCGCAACUCCAACUUCUGGUGGCGCUUCCUCUGCCACCGCAGUCUCCACAAGCUCAAGCGCUGGUGCUGCCCCAACAAUGGCCAUCGGAGCACAAUACGGAUCUGGUGUUCUUGUUGCCGGCGCUGCCGCUGCGUUCGGUCUUUUGCUUUAA